UAAAACACCAACAAAAACUCAAAUAAAAAAUAAAUUAUUAAAAAAAAAAGAUUAAUAAUAAUUCUUUCUAAGUUCAUUAUUUUUUCUGUAUUUAUAUUAACGCUUCAAAGCUAAGUCGGUAUCAGUGUUGAACUGUGUCACUCAUCCAAACAAAACAUAGAUCUGUCAAAACAAUGGGAAGCAAAAGCAGAAGCAGAAGCACUAGUUUGCUACCUUUACUAUGCAUUGUUGUUGCAUUAGUAGUAAGUGUCUCUUUGGUGCAAGCAGAAGAUGAUUAUAAAUUCUACACAUGGACAGUGACUUAUGGAAUUCUUUCUCCUCUUGGUACUCCCCAACAAGUUAUUCUGAUUAAUGGUCAAUUUCCUGGUCCUAGACUUGAUUUGGUGACUAAUAACAAUGUGAUUCUCAACCUUGUCAAUAAGCUAGAUGAGCCAUUUUUACUCACAUGGAAUGGGAUUAAGCAAAGGAAAAAUUCAUGGCAAGAUGGAGUUUUGGGAACCAACUGUCCUAUUCCUCCAAACUCAAACUAUACUUACAAGUUUCAAACCAAGGAUCAGAUUGGAACUUAUACUUAUUUUCCAUCGACUAAAAUGCAUAAAGCUGCUGGAGGGUUUGGAGGACUCAAUGUUUAUCGUAGAUCUGUUAUCCCGAUCCCUUAUCCGAAUCCUGAUGGAGAUUUUACUCUACUCAUUGGUGAUUGGUACAAAACCAGCCACAAGGUGUUGAGCCAAUCUUUAGAUUCUGGAAAAUCUAUUGGUUUUCCUGAUGGGCUUCUUAUCAAUGGUCAAGUUCGUUCUACCUUCACUGGUGACCAAGGAAAAACCUAUAUGUUUAGGAUCUCAAAUGUUGGUUUGUCAACCUCGAUUAACUUUAGAAUUCAGGGUCAUAUGCUAAAACUAGUUGAAGUUGAAGGAUCACAUACUCUCCAAAACGUGUACGAUUCACUUGAUGUUCAUGUUGGACAAUCUGUUUCUGUGUUAGUAACGUUAAAUCAACCUCCAAAGGACUAUUACAUUGUUGCUUCAACAAGGUUUACUCAAACAGUUCUCAGCACAAUUUCUGUGCUGCAUUAUACAAACUCCCAUUCCUCGGCAUCAGGACCAUUGCCUCCUCCCCCUGCUAACGAUUAUGACUUGUCUAUGAAGCAAGCUAGAACUUACAGAUGGAAUCUGACAGCAAAUGCUGCUAGGCCUAAUCCACAAGGGUCAUUCCAUUAUGGUAUGAUAACUCCAAAUAGAUUAAUAAAAUUGGCCAAUUCAGCACCAUUGAUCAAUGGAAAGCUUCGUUACGCAGUUAACAGUGUCUCCUAUGUUAACCCUGAUACCCCUCUUAAACUUGCUGAUUACUUCAACAUUCCUGGAAUCAUUGAUAAUUCAAUUCAAAUCACUCCCUCUAAUGCUCCUGCACAUAUAGCUACAUCCGUGUUGCGAACUUCUCUCCAUGAUUUUAUUGAAGUUGUUUUCCAAAACAAUGAAAAAACCAUGCAAUCUUGGCAUCUUGAUGGUUAUGAUUUUUGGGUUGUUGGUUAUGGUUUUGGCCAAUGGACAGAUGCUAGUAAAAGUACCUAUAAUCUAGUGGAUGCCUUGACUAGACACACUGCUCAGGUAUAUCCAAACUCUUGGACAUCAAUAUUGGUGUCAUUGGAUAACCAAGGAAUGUGGAAUUUGAGAUCAGCCAUAUGGGAAAGACAAUAUCUUGGACAACAGUUGUAUCUAAGGGUGUGGAAUGCACAACGCACUGCAGCCAAUGAAUAUGAUAUUCCUAGUAAUGCUUUGCUUUGUGGCAAAGCAUUGGGACAUCAUGCUUAGAGAGAGUAUACUAUUUAUCUGUGUUUUAUUUUAGUCAUGAGAGCUUGACUAUAAUUAUAAUUUUUUUAUUAUUAAGAGGAAUAUAUAGUAUUAGAGGAAGAGGUUAAUUUAUCAAAUUUAUAAAAAGUCUUCAAAUAUAUUUGAAAUUAUCUUGUAUUUGAAUCUUAUUCAAUAUCCGACGUGUGUUAGUCUUCGACACCGUAAAUCUUGUAUCGGAGAUGCAUCUCUAUUUAAGAUUUACGGAGAUGCAUCUUCAUAAACAGUCAAAACAGUGCAAGUUAAGUUGGUUUUAUGGUUA